UUAUUUUUAUAUUAUAAGUGUUUAUUGCAUUUAUUUAAUUUUAUUCUACUCACCUCACAAAUCUAUUAAGAUUAUUGUUUGUGUCUUCAAUUCUCCAGAUUAUUUUUUGCUUAAAUUUAUGUGCUAAAGUAAUUCAGCCGAGGUGCGGUAACUUCAUUAUUUUACUGGUUCUUCUGAGCUUUAAAAAUUGUUUUCAGUCAAAAUGAACACUACAGACACACCAAGCAGCGACCCCUCGGAAGGUAUAAUGAAGGGCAUAUUGUAUGCUUUUAUGGCAUCAGUUGUUGUGUUUAUAAACAUAAUGGUUCUUGUUGCUUAUUUCAUCCGCGAUAAAAAGAAACGCGGAAUACUCGAUAUUUUUGUAGUUAGUCUCGCAGUUUCAUCGAUACUAACGAGCAUAACGGUAAUUGGAAUUGUUGCGUACGUUCGAGCUACGAAUAAUGAAUAUUUCCAGGGUAAAAUGGGAGAGUGUUACGUACAGUUCUUUUUCGGUACAAUGCUUCGUUUAACAGAUGUGGCUACAACAACGGCUAUCGCUAUUGAUCGAUUCAUUGCUUUAUAUAAGCCGAUAUUUUACCGAACAAAAGUAAAGCAAAGGCAAGGAUAUAUCGGUUGUGGAAUCAUAUGGCUAUCUUCUGCAGUUAUUGCCACUUUGCCUCCACUGGGAGUGGGUGAUAUCAGUAAAGACAUGGAAAGUUUAUGCACAGCCGAUUGGUCGACAUCCAUCAGUAUUGUUGUGUUGACAGUGACGUAUACGCAAUUCGUCAUCGUCUUAGUAUGUUACGUGGGGAUUUUCAAGAGUAUUGAUGCUUUUGUGAAACGGCAAAAAGCUAUGACCAAGUCACAAAAUGUUUCAACCUCCUCCGCAGAUCGAAGAAACUCUAUUAAUAGUUUAGCUUUAUCGGACACAAGCAACAACAGCUUACCGACGGAGACUCCAUCAGAAAGUCGUUCUAGCUCGAUUUCAUUUCCAAACAUUGCAUUUGAAAGUGAACUUACAGAUAGAUUAUGUAAACUAUCACAUGCUAACAUAAAAGCCGCCCUUCGUGAAAUCAAGGGCGUAGAAGAAAUUGAACUGGAAACAAGUAUGAAGUUAAAAACAGUAAAAACAAGAAGAGAUAUUAAUUCUACCCCAACAGUAUCAAAAGCAAGCUCGAGCGUUAACUUAAGAGUUAAAGCAGCUAUAAAUCGUGUUUCGUGGUCAGACUCACCAGAAGACUUCAAAGUAAAUCCUACAGAUUUACAACAGAAAAUGAAAAACACAGCAAUGGCCACGAAUGGUAAAUUCGAGUCACAUCGAGAACGAUCAUGUUCAACACAAAUCCCAAAUUAUGUGAAUCUGAGUGACGAUGUUUUUAUUGAGAAUGAUUUUGAUGACCAAACUGACAAAGAAAAAGAAAAGAAACCUAUUCGCAAGAGUUUAACACUACUUGUGCGUGAUAAAUGGAGAGCAAAAAAGUUGCGUCGGAGUUCUUCAAUCAAACACUUUUGGAAAGAGAGUCAACAUUUUGCGAAAGUCAUGGGUGUGGUUGUUCUUAUAUUCUAUAUCUCAUGGCUACCACUAGCGGUAUCCAUCAACAUAGUUUUGGUCACUGGCAACACAAAGAAAUCACAUGACAUACUAUGGAUUUCAUACAACUUGAGCUUAUUAAGUUCGGUAGCAAUUCCCAUUGCGUAUGCUGUGAUGUGCAAGCCAUAUAGAGAAGGAUACCGAAGGCUGUGGAAAGGGAUAAAAUAUUUGUUUGUGUGGGAAAAAGAAGUGAAAUUCUAAGAAACAUAAAAAAAACUUUAACUAAGUUCCUUAUUAACAUUUUCUAUGUUUCUUAAUACAAUAAACAUCCAAACUCAUAAAAUAUUACUUCUUCCAAUGUUGUGUUUAUUAAUUCAUCACAUUAACAUUAAGCGCUUGUUGCACCGGAACAGCAGGAUGCUCGUUAGACGACCACAAUUUUAAAAAAGCUACUUAAGAUGUUGUUAGAUUCCUGUGUAUAAAUAAAAUAGGGGACUAAGAACGAAAGAGUUGGGGUAAGGUUGAUGGCUUCGACUGCACGAGAACCAAUUAUAUCUUUCUAUUUGCUUGUUUAUAAAUGAAAUAGUUAAGUAAAUUUCUUUAAUGGCAGAAAGGUUAUAUUCUACCACCCUGAACAUAAUUUAGUGGAAAGGAGGAAAGAACGCAUUUUAAAAUUCGUACGUGUCGAGUAACAUACACAAAUACAUUACUUUUUACCUUUGCCUUAAUAAUUUAAAAUUAUGCUUUUAAUUUUAUAAACUGCACAGAAAAGGGAUUAUAAAAUGGCUGGCAUCCGUGUUAGUUUCAUGGCCCGAUGUAAUAUAAAAAUUGAUAUAACUUUGAUAUAAACGAUUAACAAAACACAUAUAUUGACAGAUGAAUAAAACUAUUAAAAAGAAAAAGAAAUAAAAUUUGUCAGGGUUGUCAAAGAAUGGGUUCUACUAAUUGUAACUAAUGCACGAACUCUUGUUCUUGACAUCUUAAUGUCGGAAAUUUUUUAACCUGCUAAAAUAAAAAAAAUGAUUUCAUUAAACACGAUACGAU